CUGAGUGGCAUAAUUCUUGCUUCAUGAGCAUUAUUAAUUUAAAAGUAUAAACUGCAAUUAUGUACUUUGUCUUUUUGUUAAUUAUAGGUUGAUUAUAAUAUGAUCUGAUUGCUGCUGCUUUAAACAGAUAGCUAUCUUUACGAACUUAUUGAAUCUAUUGCGUAGCUUUAGCGCAGUGCAGACACGUGGAUUUGACACCGUGUGCUGUGUGGCUUUCGGAUUAAUCCUUCGUAGCGCUGUCCGUGCACACGCUGCAGAGACUUGCUGUCGCUAACUGAAAGUGAUCAGAAAUUCAUUUCACUGAGGCAUGGCUUCGUCGUACUACAACAUGAUGAAGGGCGGUCGCGGCGAGAAGAAGGACGAGGACGCGGGCGGCGCGGAGAACCCCUUCCGCAACCUGGACAGGAGCACGGUGCUGCAGGAGGCGCGCAUCUUCAACGAGACGCCGGUGAACGUGCGCAAGUGCAGUCUGGUGCUGACCAAGAUCCUCUACAUGCUCAACCAGGGCGAGACGCUCAGCACGCGCGAGGCCACCAACUUCUUCUUCGCCAUCACCAAACUCUUCCAGUCCAGCGAUGUUCCUUUGCGAAGACUCGUCUUCCUCUGCAUCAAGGAACUCUGCAAGGUGGCGGAGGACGUGAUCAUCGUGACCAGUAGUCUGAUGAAGGACAUGACGGGCAAGGAGGAGGCGUACCGCGCCGCGGCCAUCCGCGCGCUGUGCAUGAUCGUCGACCAGUCCAUGCUGCAGUCCGUCGAGCGCUACAUGAAGCAGGCCGUCGUCGACAAGAGCCCCCACGUCGCCAGCGCCGCCUUACUCGCUUCGCUCCAUUUCUGCCAGCGCGGCGGGCCGAGCGCGGAGGUGGUGAAGCGCUGGGCGAACGAGGUGCAGGAGGCGACGAACAGCGACAACCCCAUGGUGCAGUACCACGCCCUGGCGCUGCUCUACAACAUCCGCAAGGGCGACCGACUGGCCGUCAACAAACUGCUGGCCAAGUUCACCGCCGGCCGCUAUCUCAAGUCCCCGCUGGCCGUCUGCUUCCUCGUCAAGGUCGUCGCCAAGACCAUCCAGGAAGAGGCCGGUUUAGGCCAGAUCAACGCGAGUAACUUUGACUUCCUGGAGUCGUGCCUCCGUCACAAGUCGGAGAUGGUGGUCAACGAGGCGGCGCACGCCUUAGUCAACCUGCGGCACGCCAGCGGCCGCGAACUGACGCCGGCCAUCUCCGUGCUGCAGCUCUUCUGCUCCUCCGCCAAGCCCACCAUCCGCUACACCGCCGUGCGCACCUUGAGCCAGCUGGCCAUGACGCACCCGGCCGCGGUCAGCGCCUGCAACAUGGACCUGGAGAACCUCAUCACCGACACCAACCGCUCCAUCGCCACGCUGGCCAUCACCACGCUCCUCAAGACCGGCAACGAGGGCAACGUCGACCGGCUCAUGAAGCAGAUCACGUCAUUCAUGAACGACAUUAGCGACGAAUUCAAGGUGGUGGUGGUGAACGCGGUGAAGGCGUUGUGCCUCAAGUUCCCGAAGAAGCACGCGCUGAUGAUGACGUAUUUAGCGGGGAUGCUGCGCGAGGAGGGCGGGUACGAGUUCAAGCGCGCGCUGGUGGACACGCUGGUCAGCAUCGUGGAGGACAACGCGGAGGCGCGCGAGACGGGCCUGACGCACCUGUGCGAGUUCAUCGAGGACUGCGAGCACACCAACCUGGCCGUGCGCAUCCUGGCGCUGCUGGGCCGCGAGGGCCCCCGGGCCCGGCAGCCGCACAAGUACAUCCGCUACAUCUACAACCGCGUCAUCCUGGAGAACGCGCCCGUGCGCGCCGCCGCCGUCACCGCCAUGGCCAAGUUCGCCGCCUUCAACGAGGAGCUGCGCGCCAACAUCAUGGUGCUGCUCAAGCGCUGCAUGAUGGACCAGGACGACGAGGUGCGCGACCGCGCCACCUACUACUUCUACGUGCUGGACAGCCACCAGACCGCGCUCUACAACCACUACAUCCUCGGCGCGCUGCAGGUGUCGCUGGUGUCGUUGGAGCGCGCGUUGCACAGCUACGUGAGCGCCCCCACCGAGGAGCCCUUCGAUCUGCGCAGCGUGCCCAUCGUCACGGCCGAGGAGAAGCGUCCGCGCCCCGACGCCGCCACCGCCACGCAGGUGCGGGCGGCCGCGGCCGACACCCCCGGCGGCGGCGCCGCGGCCACGCCGGCGACGGCCAGCGCCGUGGACUCGUAUGUCGAGACCUUCAAGAAGAUGCCGCAGAUCGCCGCCCUCGGACCGCUCUUCAAAUCGUCGGCGCCGGUGCAGCUGACGGAGCCGGAGACGGAGUACGUCGUCAAGUGCAUCAAGCACACCUUCGCGCACGACCUCGUCUUCCAGUUCGACUGCACCAACACCAUGAACGACCAGCUCCUCGAGAACGUCACCGUCAAGGUCGAGGCCGCCGCCGACACCGGCUUCGUCGUCGACGGGACCAUUCCCUGCGCUAAGUUGGAGUGCAACGUGCCCGGAACGACGUACACGCGCGUGCGCCUGCCGGAGGACGACGUGGCGGCCACGGGGGCUCUGGAGUGUUCCCUGCAGUUCACGGCGAAGGACUGCGACCCCAACACGGGCGAGGUGGACGAGGAGGGCUACCCCGAGGCGUACUCCCUCGAGCCGGUGGAGAUCACGCUGGCGGACCACGUGCAGCGCACCAUCGUGGCCAACUUCGCCGCCGCCUGGGAGGAGCUGGGCGCCGACCGCGAGAGCAGCUCCACCUACGCCCUUAAUCAGUUCAAGCAGCUGCAGGAGGCCGCCGACAGCGUCGUCGGCUUCUUCGGCAUGCAGCCGCUGGACCGCAGCGACCGCGUGCCCGCCGAGAAGAGCGCCCACGUGCUGCUCAUGGCGGGCGUCUUCCGCGGGAACGUCGCCGUGCUGGUGCGCUGCCGCCUGGCCGCCGCGGGGGACAGCGGCGUGGCCAUGAAGCUGGAGGUGCGCAGCGAGGACCCCGACGUCAACGAGGCCAUCAUCCAGGCCAUGUAGUCCGCCUCCGCCCAUCCUUGUCGAAGAAGGGUUUUUCAUCGUGUUUUCUUGUGUUUGCGCCGUUCUCGGGUAGUGAAUUAACUUAUUCCUUUUCUCAGCUUUUGUUCUUACGCGCAACUGUUUAUUUAGGAAGUUUAUUCGGCGAUUAUCCUGCAAUGAUGCUUUAUAAAGCUGUAGUUGAUUAUUAAUUAUUAUUGAUAAAGUUUUAUUAAUAAUGAUAAUAAUAUUUGGCAGUUUCUUUCGUUAUA